CCCUCCAAGCCAAAAAAAUACAGUUGUAUGUAUCUCUAUGUUUGUAUGUAACACUUAAAGAAAAUGGCACUUGCUACUUCUACAUCCCUUUCACAUGCAACUUCUUCUUUCAUUAAUGGUGAAACUAAAUUAUUAUCUUCAGUUUCUCUACUAAGAAAUCACCAUUUUCAUCUCCCUAGUAGUAAAAAUGCAAACUUUACUAAGCAGCUUGUAAUUUAUGCGAAAAGAUUAUCGGGUUUGGAGGAGGCCUUGAGGAUUAGAAGGGAACGCGAGCUUCGUGGUUCUACCACCGCAAAAAGAAGGCCACCUUUAAGGCGUGGAAGAGUAUCACAGCGGCUUCCCGUGCCCGAUGACAUACCAAAGCCUCCAUAUGUAGGUUCAAGAGAGUUACCAGAAAUUGCAAAGGAACAUCAGAUCCACGAUGCUGAAGGCCUAGCUCGCAUGAGGGCUGCAUGUGAGUUGGCUGCUCGGGUGGUUGACUAUGCAGGAACUCUGGUUAGGCCUUCAGUUACGACAAAUGAAAUUGAUAAAGCUGUGCACCAAAUGAUAAUCGAUGCUGGCGCUUAUCCAUCUCCCUUAGGUUAUGGGGGUUUCCCAAAGAGUGUGUGCACAUCUGUCAAUGAGUGUAUGUGUCAUGGAAUACCCGACUCACGCCAGCUACAGGAUGGAGAUAUAAUAAACAUUGACGUGACAGUUUACCUGAAUGGUUAUCAUGGAGAUACGUCAAAGACCUUUUUCUGUGGCGACGUGAGUGAAUCCAUAAAGCGGCUUGUUAAGGUGACUGAGGAAUGCUUGCACUAUGGAAUUGCUGUUUGCAAAGAUGGCGCUCUUUUUAGGAAAAUAGGAAAGAGGAUCAGUGAACAUGCUGAAAAAUUUGGUUAUGGUGUUGUGGAUCGUUUUGUUGGACAUGGUAUUGGGACAGUAUUUCACUCUGAACCACUCAUAUUUCAUCACCGUAAUGACAAAUCUGGCUCCAUGGUUGAAGGGCAAACAUUUACCAUUGAACCAAUUCUCACAUUGGGAAGCACAGAAUGUGUAACAUGGGAAGAUAACUGGACAACUCUGACUGCCGAUGGUAGCCCUGCUGCUCAGUUUGAACAUACUAUUUUGAUUACAAAAGCUGGUGCAGAAAUUUUGACGACUUAUUAGUUAUAGUUUACUUUUAAGUUAAUUAUGAUUUUAGUUAGUGGUGCUCAUACCAUAAUUCUUGUGAUUGUGGCUCCAUAAUAGGAAAUACAGACAUGUAUAUAGAUCAAUAUACAUGUAAUCUUAGGAAAUAAUGUCCUUCACAACACCAAGGAUUUAAGAGUAGUACUCCCAUCUGUUUCAUUUU